UUAUCACUAAAGCUAAAAGCAUUUCCUCCUCGCUAGUUCACUACUUCCUCAACUAAAAACUUGAGAAGUUGAGAACAAAUAGAGCCAUGGCUGCCGCUGAAGCUUCAAUUGAGGAGCUAGAGCUUUCCGCUCCGCCGUGCCUGCAUACCAUUUCCUCCUUCCUCGCCAUGGAACCACCUGACGUGAUCAUCUCCUUUGCGAGGGAUUGCGGCAGAGGAUUAAUAUCGGAGAGAGUACAACACUUUAUUUGGAUUCACUGCAUCAAUAGAACUGAUGUUAAGCCUUACCCUCCUUACUUGAGAAGCUUUUUGAAGAAGCUUAUUUUUGAAAUUGAGUCAAGUGGUGAAGUUGUAAUUGAUGAGCUAUAUGAGAAAUAUGUAUAUCAAACGUCUGUAAAGGGCAGCGUGUCCAUGAAAGAGAAUGAAAGUUUGUCAAAAAAGAUUUCUUUUCUUUUCCCUAGAGACUGUUCGAAAUUGCCAAGUUGUCCAAAAUCAAGGAAGUUAGAAGUUUUGCUGCAUUGCUCGGUCAACCUGCUCGAAGGAGAUACAGGGUGUUCAAUUUGGCCAUCCAGUCUUUUCCUUUCAGAGUUCAUACUUUCUUUUCCAGAAAUAUUUACACAUAAAUCUUGUUUUGAGGUUGGUUCAGGGGUUGGAUUAGUUGGCAUCUGUCUAGCCCAUGUAAAAGCCUCCAAGGUGAUACUAAGUGAUGGUGAUUUGUCGACUUUAGCAAACAUGAAGCUUAAUUUGGAAUCAAACAAAAUUACUGCCAGAAACCAUUCCUUGGGUCAUACAGUAGAUCCUAAUACAGUACAAUGCUUGCAUUUGCCCUGGGAAUCUGCAGCUGAAAGUGGUCUUCAACAGAUCAACCCGGAUAUAGUUGUGGGUGCAGAUGUUAUUUAUGAUCCAUUGUGUCUGCCACACCUUAUUCGAGUCCUGGUCAUUCUUCUUAGCCAAGAAGGUUUACAACCUGAUGAUAGCAGUAAUGAUGGAUCUUUGGGUAAAUCAACACGAAAUAAUGAGCAGAAUGAUGCAAAUUUGCAGAAUGGACUCCCAAGGUUGCCUGUUGCUUAUAUUGCUUCCGUGGUUCGUAAUAUCGACACAUUUAAUUGUUUUCUUACCUUAGCCGAUGAAGCAAAUCUGUCUGUGUUAGACAUUACUGAGAGGGCAAAACCAUUUGACUUGCUUCCUUAUGCAAAGUCCUACCAACAGUCUAGCAUAAGGAUGCUAUGUGUUUCCUAUUUGAGCAAGUGAAGGAGGCCGUCUUGGGGUACUUCUGAGCAUUUCUGAGUUGUAACAAUUCAAUGCUAAGUUUUAGGCGCAAUGAAUUUUCUUUCCUUAAGAGUGCUGUUAUUUACACCUGUACUUUUUUACUAAAUAUAUAGAGUGUGUUGGUGGCGCUUACUUAGCACAGAUCUCGAACACCUAAAACUUAGGUGAGAUGCAUUUGGCAAGAAUGGGCUGAGCUCCUCCAAAGUUCAACCCCCCCCCCCAAAGAAAGGAUAAAAUGUGUUUGGUCAAAGAAUAAUACUACCGAUAGUUGGCACCUAAGAAAGUAAGAAGCAUGGAAACUUCACGUGGACACAUGUUUCCCUGUUUAGGAAACUAUGAAACUUUGAAUUUCAUUUUUUUAGAGCUGCUUCUGUAAUUAAAAUGAUUUGGGAAGCAUGUUUCCUUAAUUAAUUCGCGUUUUAGAAAGAUUGAGAUUCCAAUUUUUUCAUCUUCACAAGGUUUUUAAUGGAAAUUUUCUAUGGUUAAGUUGUAAUGAAUUUUUAUGAUUAAUGUGAUAUACUUUAUAAUGCAAUGCA